CGAAGCGAGCCAUGGCAGCCGCGACGCGGCAUCGAUGAGGUACGAUCAACCGUGCUCGACCGCAUUCCCAGAUCGCUGCCAGAUAGAAGAAUCUCCGGGAAUGAGCGCGUGAGAGAUCUUUGAGAAACCAGGGCUGCGAUCGAUCUGUAUGUCAUUGGAAUGGCGCAGUGCCUGGCGCACGUCUACUGGUGGCAGGCCGGUGUCCACAGGCACAUAUUCCACUCGCCAGCGUCGAGAUCGUCCAAGAAUUUCUACUCUCAGCUGACAGGUAGCCAGGGUUUGCUGGAGGAUCUCAUGGUGCUGCCGCCUCUAGUGCCGGCAGUUGAUCAGGAGAGCUCCAAGCUCAUCGUUUGCUUCCGGGACGAUGAUUCAGCGAUGCCGCCGGAGCUCCUGGACAGGGACUUGCGAGACUUUGGAGUGAGGACGAACUUACAGAUGAGAUACAGUCCCUGGGCAGUGGACAUGAUCAACGGGAUGGGAACUUGCGAUAAGAAGACACUCAAGAAGAGCAAUGGAGGCCCGUGUGGCGGUGGAAGAGGUCGUGGUGACGAUGGCGAUGGUGGUGGCGAUGGUGGUGGAGAAGGCGACGAUGAAGGAGGAGAGUACGUGUUCCUUCUUCCGGUUCUUACUCUGGCCUUCGCAGCGUUCCAUCUGGGAUACUGCAUCGCGGUGUGGGUGAAAGAUGACAGCCUCGAUGCGGGAUUCUUUCGGACUGGACUCGGCCUCUUUUGCCUCCUCGCGCUCGCCGCUAUCCGCCUAAACUCUGGAGCCGGCUUGGACGCUUAUGUUCUGGGACUUGGAGCGUCCUUGGGCGUCAUGGCCUGGACAGGUGAACGCUGUCUCGUGAAGAAAGAAGGGAGUCCAGCGGGCAUAGUCGCAUUGUUUGCCGCCUCAAUGGCCGUGAUGUUCACUGCAGCUUUAUAUCACAACAUCUAGACAAGGUACGCCAGCAAUUAGAUUGGGUGGAGGCAAGCAAAUGAGCGCGGCCAUGGGCAAUGUUCGUGUGAGAAACGAAAAAGAGGACUGUGUCUUGUCCCUUUCUUAUGUAAAUAUUCUUUGUACACAUCUGGGAGAGACCAGGAUCGUCCAACAAAGAGCUCGUGAAGCUGGAAGUAAUGCUCCUGUCUCCGUUUUUCCUUUUGAGGUACUUGCAAAAGUUUGUUGUUG